AUGGCCUUGGCCCAGCGGCAAGUGACAGUGCAGGAAGGGCCACUCUACCGCACAGAGGGGUCCCACAUCACGCUGUGGUGCAAAGUGAGCGGCUACCAGGGUCCUUCGGAGCAGAAAUUCCAAUGGUCCAUCUACCUGCCCUCAGCCCCCGAGCGGGAGGUGCAGAUCGUCAGCACCGUGGACCCCUCCUUCCCCUACGCCAUCUACACCCAGCGGGUGCGCAGCCGGGGGAUCUACGUGGAGCGGGUGCAGGGGGACGCCGUCCUGCUGCACAUCACCGAGCUGCAGGACCGGGACGCCGGGGAGUACGAGUGUCACACGCCCAACACCGACGAGAGGUACUUUGGGAGUUACAGCGCCAAGACAACCCUCUUAGUGAUUGCAGACACGCUCUCAGCUUCCAUGGUGCCCCAGGUCCUCACCCGUGACGAAGGGGAAGCAGUGGAGCUCAUCUGUGAGGUGUCCAAGUCCACCAUCCAGCACACACAUCUCUCUGUUGGCUGGUACUGUCUUCAGGGAGCAGGAGAGAGUCAUGCUGAGGAGGUCCUCACCCUCUCCAAGGACUUUGUCUUAAGGCCAGGGCCCUCUUACAUGCAGAGGUUUCUGAUGGGGGACGUGCGGCUGAACAAGGUUGGGAACACCACCUACAAGCUCUUCAUUGGGGGAGUGAAGCCAUCUGACCAGGGGCAGCUGUACUGUGAGGCAGCAGAGUGGAUUGAGGAUCCUGAUGAGACAUGGAAGGACAUCUCCCGCAAGCAAACAGGGAGGACGUCGCUGGUGGUCAUGAGCCAGGGCAGAGACCUCUCCGUGGACAUCGCUGCUGCUGAAAGCUCCCUUUCUGAAGGUGAUACCUUGCAGCUAAUUUGCAUGGUGAGAGCCCAGAAGAACAGCAACAGGCACUUCCAAGUGCUUUGGUUCCUCAGUGGCGUGGAAGUGGCCAGGGUUGACCCCCAUGGGGUAUUGAUUUGGGAGGAAGAACAUGAGGAGAGAGCCAAGCUGGGGCAGCUCCGAGCAUUCAAGCAAAGCAAUGCUGUUUAUGUCCUCACCAUCUACGAGGUGAGGUUGAAGGAUAAUGGUACGUACCACUGCUCUGUUUCGGAGGUGAAGACUCCUGGAGACUUUCACAGCAUCCAGACGAAUCUGUCAUCAAGUAUCCAAGUCAACGUGAAGCCAAUAGGUCUCGGUCUGCACGUCACACUGAGAAGCCGAAUUGCUACUGUCACCUACGGGCAGAGUUUUGAACUCGUCUGCCAAGUGAGCGCCAACUACACCCUGGAUGAGGUGCCAGUGUCUGUGGGGUGGCAUUUCCAACCCAACCCACCCACCGGCCACAACCACGAGCUGGUCCGGGUCUUUCCUGGUGGCACCGUGGCCUGGGGGACAGCACAGCCACACUUGCAGGGGAAAGCCCAGCUGAUGAAGGCUUACAACUCCUUCAGGCUGCACAUCCACAAUGCUGCAGCUGCUGACGAGGGGACGUACCAGUGUGAGGUAGACGUCUGGAGGAGGAACACCCUGCCGCUGGGGCAGGCAGCGGCCACUGCGACAUCCAAUGCUGUGGGGAUAAAGGUGGUGCUGCCAGAAAGCAAGCUUCAGGUAGCUACCCAAGAGAGCUCUGUGGAGAUUGCCGGCGGUGCUGACACAGCCAUUGAGUGCAGGAUCGUGUUUGCCCAGAAUAAUUCUCAGUUUGCUGUUACCUGGUACCUCCUCCCUCCUCAUCCAGCGAAUGCAACCCCUCUGCAAAUCGUCAGGGCCAGCUACAGAAGUGUACUGGAAUAUGGGGCUGAGUUCAGCUCUCCUGCACAACAGUCCCGGUUCCUGAGCCUGAGGGUGUCCAGCAAUGUUUUCUGGCUGCGGAUACUCUCUGCAGACCCCAGGGACCAGGGCAGGUACUACUGUGUGGUAGAGGAAUGGCUCUGGCUGGUGGAUGGCUGGUACAAACUGGGAGAGAGAGCAUCGGGAAGGACCACACUGGAGUUCCAGCUCCCAGGGCGUGAACUGCAGCUGGAGAAAACCAACCUCAGCAUCUCGGUGAGGGAGGGCGAGGAGGUGACGCUGCAUUGCCUGCUGCACGGUGCCCACCUGCCCACCACCCACCUCUCAGCCACCUGGUUUCGGGAGAAGGAAAGGGGCCACAUCAGGCCCCUGCUCACCCUCCACCGUGAUGGUGCCAUCGAAUACCCUGGGGACAGCCUGGCAGGGAGGCUGCACCUCCGCCGCCCCGCCGCCGGCGACUUCAGCCUGACGCUGCAUGACGUGGAGAAGGAUGAUGCUGGGCUGUAUCACUGCCAGGUGCAGGAGUGGCAGCAGCAGAGCGAGGGGAAGAAGUGGUCUCUGCAAGCUUUGGCACGCUCGGGGUACACCCAGCUGACUACCAUCCCAGCAGAGUCAACUGUCUUGUCUAGGAUCUGCUCAUCCCCACCACUGCUGAACUUCAUCCUAUACUUACCCCUGGUUCUGAUCCUUCUCUUGGCCCUUGCUGUCUUCUGCCGGUACUUCAAAUCCAGAAAAAGCAAGAAGGGCAACAUCACAGGAAACCAGCUGAUGGAACUGGACGGGGAUGGAGGGGCCAAGAAAAUUUAA